AUGAAGGAUUCUAUGCAAGAUCCAUUUGCUGUUUCGUCUCUUUCUUGUCGGCAGCCACCUGCAGCCACCUUAUGUAACUCCAGCACCAUUGUAAGCAGUCGCUUACUUUUUGAUUUGUGCCUGGGCCAUGAUAUUUGUAUUCAGACGGGCUUCGUAUAUUGCACAAUGGUAGAAACAAAGGGCCUUGUCCGCAAUACGGCAUGUACAGCCAUUUUUACUCGUCUUUCAUGA